AUGAGAUCUCAAGAAGGGAUUAUUUUGAAUCAAAUAAAAUAUGUUUUGGAGUUAAUAACUGAUACUGUUUUGGGAAAAACUAAAUGUGCUUUAACUCCAUUAAAGCAAAAUUUGAAGCUUACAUCUGCCGAGUUUGAUGAAGGGGUGAAGAAGGAAUAUGUUGAUGCUUUGUUAGUUGAUAAAACAAUCUUUCAGAGGUUAAUAGGGAGGUUCAUAUACCUCACUCAUACAAGGCCUGAUAUAACAUUUGCAGUACAUCAUCUCAGCCAAUUUAUGCAAAAACCCAAAGAAAGGUACAUGGAUGCUGCACUUAGAAUUGUAAGAUGCAUCAAGAAGGAUCCAGGAAAGGGUCUGCUGUUCAAGGCUGCAAGUAAUGACAAGAUUGUAGCCUAUUGUGAUGCUGAUUGGGAUGCUUGUCCCAUGUCAAGGAAGUUUGUCACAGAGUUUUGCAUCAAGAUUGGGGAUUCUCUUGUUUCUUGGAAAUCAAAGAAGCAGAAUACAGAAGCAUGGCCAUGA